CCACCCAAAAUGUGCUCAGGUGUGUCACCGCCUACCUGUCUCACGGUUCCCCAACACGGAAGUGUCUCGGUCCACUUCCACUCUGCGCCUUCCUCGGUUCUGACGCCCAACAGCGGAGAUUUUCGACCUCCCAGAACCUCGGGAGCCCGGCGGGGAUUCGAGUCCAUCCAAUGGCUUCCCCAAGCCUCUCCCCGAGCCCGACGGAGGGACUCGAACUCCGCGACGACAUCUCCCUUGGCGGCGUUGAAGUCGGAGAAGGGAGUUCGGAGAAACUGAGUUCGUCCACAGUCAACCGCAUGCUGACAGAAUUCUUCGUGUACUUCCUCCGUGGCAUCGUACUCUUCUUCCCCGUCUACCUGACGGGCUACCUGGGCCUGAGCGUCAGCUGGCUGCUGCUGUGCAUGCUCAUGAUCACCUGGUGGAAGAAGAACCGACAGUGGAAGGACUCUCGGAUCGGAACAGCCAUCGACUUUGUGGACAACGAGACGCAAGUGGUGAACACGGAGCUUAAGAACUCCUUGCAGAUGGCAUCAUGGGUCCAAUUCAAUGACGUGGAGAAAGUGGAAUGGGUUAACAAGGUGUUGGACCAGGCGUGGCCUUUCUUUGGGAUGUUCAUGGAAAAGCUUCUCCGGGGAAACAUCCAGACAGCCGUCAGGCAGUCCAACUCUGAGCUCAAGACGUUCACUUUCACUAAGAUCCACUUUGGACACAUACCACUCAGGAUCGUCGGAAUAAAAGCGUACACUCAUGAGGUGGACCACAGGGAGGUGAUUCUGGACAUGACAAUCAAUUAUGAAGGUGACGUGGACAUUGAUGCGGAAAUCAAAUCAGCCAUCACAGCUGGUGUCAAAGGACUGAAAUUACGGGGGAUGAUCCGGGUGAUUCUACAACCUCUCAUUGGUCAAGUGCCACUCGUUGGAGGAGUCACCUUUUUUUUCAUUCGUCGCCCGACCCUUGAAAUCAACUGGACUGGCAUGACCAACAUUUUAGACAGCCCGGCCUUCAGUUCACUGUCCGAGGACACCAUAAUGGACAUCAUCGCCUCCCUCAUGGUGUUACCCAACCGCAUGUGCUUUCCACUUAUCGACCAAGUCAAAGUGGACCAGAUGAGAUUUCCGCUGCCCCGUGGAGUGGUGAGAGUAUACUUAGUGGAAGCUAGAGACCUUUUGGCGAAGGAUACCUACAUGCUGGGCAUGGUGAAGGGCAAGUCGGACCCUUACGCCACACUCUGCGUUGGGGACCGCAAAGUCAAGAGCAAAACAAUCAAAGAGAAUUUGAGCCCCACUUGGGCUGAAGUAUAUGAGUUCGUUGUCCAUGAGGCACCAGGACAAGAGCUGGAGUUGGAGAUUUAUGAUGAAGAUGCAGACAAAGACGACUUCAUUGGAAGGUACCAUCUGGAUUUGGGAGACGUGAAGAAGGAGAAACAAAUAGAUAAGUGGUUUCCUCUGGAUGAUGUCGACCAUGGAGAAGUUCAUCUGAAGCUUCACUGGCUUUCGCUACAAAGUGACUCCACUCUGCUGAAAGAGUCUUCCGAGGGCUAUGCCUGCGCCAUGCUCGCGGUGUAUCUGGACAACGCCUCCAACCUUCCUAAAGAUCUAAGUGAGAUUGAGCAGCAUCAAAAAAAGAAGCAUGGGCGAGAAGGUCGGCUCACUAGGAAGUCUGCAGGUCCAAGCUCCUUUGUGGAAUUUUCCAUCAAUGACAAUGUGCAGAAAAGCAAGGUUGCGUUUUCAACCAAAAACCCCGUGUGGGAGGAGGGUUUCACUUUCUUCGUGCAUGACGUCAAAACACAGCAGCUCUUUAUCCAGGUGAAAGAAAACGAGAAGAAGACGCAGCUAGGGGUUCUGCGCUUACCCCUCAGUCGCUUCAUCAACGUCUCCAACAUGACGCUGGACCAGCGCUUCAUGCUCGAUCAGUCAGGAGCGAACAGCCAACUUAAACUCAAGGCUACGCUUCGGAUUCUUACUCUGGAACAGCCACCUCCCAAAAUCAUCGUUACCCCUCAAGUGGAGCAACAAAUACCGCAGAACAAAGCGAACACUGUCUCUUCACCCGCCGUUCCUUAUGACACGAGUCCAGCCGGUCAAGCCUCGCCCGCAGUCAGUCCGGGCAAUCCCCGGAAGUUCCCACCUGAAGACUUCUCAACACACCGGCGUGGUUCUUAUCUGGCGUCGGAGGCCUUGAGGCAGUCCCCGGCUACCAUGAGCAUGAGACGUUACGACUCCCACAGCCUCCUGUCAGAAAAUACUCUGGCGUCGUCGCGCUUAGAUCUGGCUGAUGGAGCAUCGUAUCCAGAGGUCCUGCGCAAACAUCGUGGUUCUUUAGGGGAGAUUAACCUGACAGUGCGCUACGCCACCCUGAGGAAGAAACUCGUCAUUAUGGUCAACUCCUGCAGGGACAUCUUUCCCUGCAGUGAAAAUGGAACUGACUCUUAUGUGCGGCUGUACUUGCUGCCCGACCAAACGUGGCGACACCGCAAGAGAACGCACGUAAAGAAAAGGACCGUCCAUCCCGUCUUUGACGAGAAGUUUGAAUUUGACGUAUCCCUUGAAGAGGCUCUAACCCGCACAUUGGACGUUUCAGUAAAAAACAAUAAAAUGUUCCACAUGCGGGAAAGGAAGGAUAUUGGAAUGGUGCUGGUUAGUCUUGCCCAAUUGGAUCUAGUGAAAGGUGUCAAAGACUGGUAUAAACUUUCGUUGCAAGGCCUGAAGCGGGACAGCAGAGGGGAACUUUAAACAGCAAUCGUGACUUCUAAAGCAAUAUCCACUGCGCUACUGCAAGACCUGUGAAGUUGUUACUUUGACUUUAUUUGAUUAAAAGCACCAACUGGGUUGAUGUUACUAUUUCAACGCACUGGAAUUUAGGUGUCACAAAUCAGAGGAAUAGUUCUCUCUCUGUCGUACAAGUUUACACAUAUUUCCUUUUUUAUAAUGUUUAGUUUCAAUGCAGUUGUUUUGCAUUGUGGUGUAAAUAUUUUUCAUGAGAGGUUUAUUUGUCGUUUGAAAAGGGAAGGUAAAAGAAUAAAACCAAUUCAGGUUUGUUGCAUUACAUUGUUACAGUUCACCCCACUUUAUUGCAAAAAUGUUCUCAUCUGUGUUAUGGAAUGGUGUGAAUAGGCUGAAAGUGUGAGGAUGUGAAAUGCAGGGUUCGUACUAGUCCUUAAAAAUGCUUGGAUUUACUGUCAUGUUUUCUAGGUUUGAAAAAUUAGUUGUGCAGGCGGUAGUUAAUUUUUAGAAUUAAUCCUGUUAAAAUAUUUGACGCAUUUAACGCUUAUGCUCCGCUUAAAAGGAUUUAAAUGACAGCACAGUGUCAUGUCCAUUUGUUACUUGUGUUUUUUGGUGUUUUGUUGCCCUCUGCUGGCGCGUGGGUGCGACUGAUUUUAUGGGUUUCAGCACCAUGAGCAUUGUGUAAUUAUUGACAUCAACAAUGGCGAGCUACUAGUUCAUUUUUUGUUUGAAAAUUUUACAAAUUUUAUUAAAACAAAAACAUUAAGAGGGUUUUUAUUAAUAAAAUUUCUAUAACUUGUACUAACAUUUAUCUUUUAAGAACUACAAGUCUUUCUAUCCAUGGAUCACUUUAACAGAAUGUUAAUAAUGUUAAUGCUUGUUGAUUUAUUGUUGUAAUAAACAAAUACAAUACUUAUGUACAGUAUGUUAAAUGUUGACAGCCCCACAGCAUCACUGACCCACCCCUAUAUUUCACAGUGGGUAUGAGGUGCAAAGCACACGGUCCCAGUUGAAGCCUGGUACCGUGCGUAUUUUUGUGUGAGACCAAGAUUGAGCUUUUUGGCAACAAACACUCUAAGUGGGUCUGGCGUGCCACGAAAGAUGCGCAUGCUGAAAAGCACCUCAUACCCACUGUGAAGUAUGGGGGUGGGUCAGUGAUGCUAUGGGGCUGUUUCGCUUCCAAAGGCCCUGGGAACCUUGUUAGGCUGCAUGGCAUCAUGAAUGCUUUGAAAUACCAGGACAUUUUAAAUCAAAAUCUGUUGCCCUCUGCCCGAAAACUGAAGAUGGGUCGUCACUGGGUCUUUCAGCAAGACAAUUACCCUAAACAUAUGGCCAAAUCUACACAGAAAUGGUUCACCAGACACAAAAUCAAGCUCCUCCCAUGGCCAUCUCAGUUCCCAGACCUUGUUUUGUUGGCAAAAGGGGGCUGUACAAAGUAUUAACACCAGGGGUGCUAAUAAUUGUGACACACAUUAUUUGAUGUCAAUUUAUUUAUUAUUAUUAUUUUUUUAUGUGGGAUUUUUUCCUCACUGAAUGAAUGCACUUGUAUUGAAGGUUGGAUUUUUCUCUUUUUUUUCCAUUAAGGUCCCAUAUUAUUUGAAUAAAAAAAAAAUAUUCGAAGCUAAAAAACACAUCUUUUUCAGGGGUGCCAACAAUUAUGGAGGGCACUGUAUAUCCGUCUUGUGUCUUAUCUUUCCAUUCCAACAAUAACUCACGGAAAAAUAUGGCAUAUUUUAUAGAUGGUUUGAAUUGCGAUUAAUUCCGAUUAAUUAAUUUUUAAGCUGUGAUUAACUCGAUUAAAAGUUUUAAUCGUUUGACAGCCCUAGUUAUUAUUACACUGAACUAGAACCUAUUCCAUAAACACAAUAAGCCAAAGGGGGAAAAAAAUCAUUGAAUUACAUCCAUAGCUAUAAAGAAUUCAGUGAUUUAAGCAUUUAUUCACAAGAAUUUCAACGCAAAAAGCUGUUUGUUGUGGUAAGGCGGCGCCACAGUGACUUAAUGGAGCAGCACAUUCGUCAUAUUUACGUAAACUAAAUGCUAAAUUUCCGUUUUUUUUUUUUUUUUUUUGCUUUUAACUAAGAAUUGAGACUGUUUUACGUCCAUAUCUAUAAAGAAUUGAGGGAUUUAAGCAUUUAUUCACAAGAAUUUUCAACGGAAAAAGCUCUUUGUCUGUGUUUCCACUCUGUCAGCUUUGACGGAAAUAGGCCCCCUAUUAAUCGGCUCCGUGCCCCGUGACCCAUCAAUACCAUUAUGAAGUCUGUGGUCAAAUCUAUCCUUUCAACAUAUGGGAAGACAAUCUAAAUUGCCUUUAUACCUGAAGUCAUUAGAUAAUGCAAAAAAGGUUGCUUAAAAGUUGGUGGGCACAUGCUGAGCACAAAAGUGUUAUGUCCCUACCAUUGGGUGACCAAACGUCCUCUUUUGCCCGGACAAGUCCUACUUUCACGUAGUAUCCUCGUGGUCCGGGCGGGUUAUAUAAAUUCAUAAAAAUGUCCGGUUUUUAUGAUUUUUCACGGGACCAAUUUGCAGAAAAUCCCUCCGGCUGCUGGGUGGCAGCGCCUGCCUGCGAUGACAUGGCUCCUAGUAGUAGGGAGGGAAGGAGUAGUUCUUCUUGUUUUUGUUGGCAGUUUACCCCUAUCAUGAGGCAUUACCGCCAUCUACUGUGUCGACGAUUUGGCCACAACGCCUAAGUUUUUUAGGAUAAAUACGUAUAUAGUGGCAACUGUUGACUUCUGUUGGAGCUUUGACUGUAAAAUCCCGUUUGGUGUCGCAUCGUUGCGCUGUUGAUGAUUGUAAACUUUUAAAGCAAAGUUUGAUUUUUGCCUCAGCUAGCUAUCAGUAAGCUAAACCGCGCUAGGCAUUAUGGGAAACGUAGUUUUGAACUGCUACGUUUGGAAACAUGCUGGUUGAAUAGUUUGUCAUUUUAUUUCGGUUUUUUGUUUGUGUGCAAUCUAGAACAUUGAAUGAGAAUAUCAAUUGGAUGGGAAUAACAAUUUGUCAAGGACAAUUGUCGUGAUAGUAAUUUAUAAAAAGGUUUAGUUGGCACAUAGCCUACUGUGUGUAUGUGUAUUGACUGGACUACAUUUCUAUGGGUCUGCAUUAUAAUUAUAUAUAUAUAUAUAUAUAUAUA